CUCCAACCUCACUCGCCGCCACGAUGCUUAUACAUAUACCAUCACACACAAAACGAUUUGCACUGAGUUAGGGCAUAAUAACAACUCGGUCUCUUUGUUUUUCACGCCCUCUCUCUCUCUCUCUCACAGUCGAAGCUUCAAAUCUCUCGCCUUUGUUUAACCAUGUCGACUGUGAGCAUUCCGACCGUGAUCAUUCCUUCACCUCGCAUGUUCAAAAGUGCACCCCCAGCGACAUCCUGUGCCUUGAUAAAGAGUCCAUGGUCUUUGGGUUCUGUGAAGAGUGUUUCUAAAGCAUUUGGCUUGAAGUCUUCUUCCUCCUUCAGAGUAUCCGCAAUGGCAACGUACAAAGUGAAACUGAUUGGACCGGAAGGCGAAGAGAACGAGUUUGAUGCCCCCGAUGAUGCGUACAUCCUCGACUCAGCCGAAGCUGCAGGACUAGACUUGCCCUACUCUUGCAGGGCUGGUGCCUGCUCUACAUGUGCCGGUCAUAUGGCGAUGGGAACAGUGGACCAAUCGGAUCAGUCUUUCCUGGACGAGAAACAGAUAGAGAGUGGAUACUUGCUGACUUGUGUCUCAUACCCAACUUCCGACUGUGUGAUUCACACCCAUAAGGAAGGUGAACUCUACUGAGUGAUGAAAUGGGAUAAACACCCGUCGCUAGAUUGGAGUAAACAGGGUGAGUUGAACUGAUUGCUACAUUUUCAAGAUGACGAUGACAGACGAUAACGACAACCAUCUAAUUGCUACAUUUUGACCUGGAAAGGGCACUUAUCUAGUUUGUUUAGAAUCGCUGGUGAUUGUCUUAAAUUUCAGAACAAAAAUGCUGUUUUUGAUGAAAUUGGACUUUAUUACUCUUA